UUGCUAAGGGGAAUUUGCGCUUUCCCCCAUUUCUUUUUCUGUCUCUCUUCCUCUUUCUUUUUCCUGGUCAAGGUUUUAAAUAUACCAAGAAGUUGAGGAGCAGGAUGGUCGUGUACAACUGUUUCCAGCCAAAAUUAUAGAGAUUUUUUUUCUUUUUACUAUCACAUUUUAAGAACUGAAUACACCGCCUGUUGUCCAGGCUCCUCUGAUCACCCUCUAUGAGAAAGAAAAGUGAAUCCAAAGAGGCCAGUGCUUCCUACCAAACUUGUGAAGUCCAGUUGACUGGGGAUAUCUUUUAGAGCAGCCCAGCAGUGUGAGCGUGGUUGUUCCUCGUUUCAUCAACCAUGUCCUUCAGUGCCACCAUUCUCUUCUCCCCUCCCAGUGGCAGUGAGGCCAGAUGCUGCUGCUGUGCCUGUAAGAGUGAGACUAGCGGGGGCAACACAGGCUCUCAGAGUGGGAAUCCUCCUUCCAGCACCCCUAUCACAGUGACUGGACAUGGCCUGGCAGUUCAGAGUUCAGAGCAGCUCCUGCAUAUCAUCUACCAGCGGGUGGAUAAGGCAGUGGGUCUGGCUGAGGCUGCUCUGGGCCUUGCCAGGGCUAACAAUGAAUUGUUAAAACGUCUCCAAGAGGAAGUGGGUGAGUUGAGGCAAGGGCAGGUAUCCACCCCCGAUGAAGAUGAGGACAGCCGGGCACAUGGUUCACCACUUGAGCCUGGGCUUCUCAAGGAGAGUCCUGGGGAAGGUUGCAAGGCUGUGUCUGCCGUGGAAGAAGAGGAGUGUGACAGCGUGGGCAGCAGUGUGCAGGUGGUGAUCGAACAGCAGCUGGGAGCAGCCUUGGCUGUAGGGCCUGGGCCUUUGGGCUUCCCAGCCCCUCAGAGGGAUAUGCGGCUCCCGGGAUGUGCCUUGGCUGCCAGCGAGGGGGUCCCGAUGCUCAAUCCUCUGGUGGAUGAUUAUGUGGCCUCUGAGGGUGCAGUACAGCGGGUGCUGGUCUCUGCUUAUGCCAAGCAGCUCUCACCAGCCACACAACUGGCAAUUCAGCGGGCAACUUCAGAGACAGGGCCAGAAAAUGGAACCAAGCUGCCACUGCCUCGCCCUGAGGACAUGCUCAGUGCUGCUGCUGCGCUGGAAGGUGCCUUGGAAGAAUCAGGCCCAGGGGCAACUGGGGAGCUGAGACACUCUCUAGGGUUUACUGCUUCCCCAUGCAGGACCAGAGGGAGUGGGCAGAAGAACUCCAGGCGCAAGCGGGAUCUGGUACUCUCUAAAUUGGUCCACAAUGUGCAUAACCACAUCACCAAUGACAAGAGAUUCAAUGGGUCUGAAAGCAUCAAAUCCUCUUGGAAUAUUUCAGUAGUGAAGUUCCUUCUGGAAAAGCUCAAGCAGGAGCUGGUGACCAGUCCCCACAAUUACACUGAUAAGGAGCUGAAAGGUGCCUGUGUAGCCUACUUCCUUACUAAGAGGCGUGAGUACCGCAACUCCCUGAACCCCUUUAAAGGCCUGAAGGAAAAAGAGGAGAAGAAACUUCGAAGUCGCAGAUACCGGCUUUUUGCCAACCGAUCCAGUAUCAUGAGGCAUUUUGGACCUGAGGACCAGCGCCUAUGGAAGAACGUGACAGAAGAGCUGAUGUCAGAUGAAGAGGACAGUCUUAAUGAGCCUGGUGUCUGGGUAGCCAGGCCUCCCCGAUUCCGGGCCCAGCGCCUCACAGAGCUCUGCUACCAUCUGGAUGCCAACUCUAAGCAUGGCACUAAAGCCAACCGUGUAUAUGGGCCUCCCUCAGACCGAUUACCUUCUGCUGAGGCCCAGCUCCUUCCACCAGAACUUUAUAAUCCUAAUUUCCAAGAAGAGGAAGAUGAGGGAGGUGAUGAAAAUGGACCUAUCUCCCUGUCUUUUGACCAGUCCCACAAAACCUGCUGUCCUGACUUGAACUCAUUUAUUGAAAUCAAGGUGGAAAAGGAUGAGUGAAAUCUAUAACCAAGAGUAGCUAUGGCGUCUGCCACUCCCCAUGUCCCAGAAAUGGCUAUGGGGCUUCCUAGAAUAAUGAUAUGUCCUCUUCAGUAUGAGAAAGCAAGUCUGCCUCUCUUAUUAACAUAGUCCCUACUGGAAGUUGAAGCUGGCACCUCUGGUGGAAUGAAAGGACUUACCUGAAAGGGGGAAAACUCACCCCAUUGUGAUUGGCAAGCCAGAAAAUGCUUAUUUCUAAGCAUAAACAGUGCCUCAGAAGAGCCUGGGAUGAGAAAAGGAGGAGAAUGGGUCUAAGAAACACGAGGCCUUCUAGACAUAUGCCGGGUCUCUGAGUUUUUUGUUUUGUUUUAUUUUUCGGGUUUCACUCAAAGCUCUUGGGAAGCAGCCCUGGCUGCACCUUCUGCUUUCCCAAGACUGCUGGUCUUGCUCUGCAGUGGAAGCAGCACUGGACCAGUCCAGGGUAAUACUGCCACCUGGUGGGAAGUUUCAGUCAUGGGCUUCAUUCUGAGCAGAAAGGGCUCCAUUCCUUUUUGGAAAUUAGGAUGUAGUUUUAUUGAAUUA